UUGUUUUGUUUAUUAAAAAAAACCCUUCUUUUCCUUAACUGGGCGGAGACGGAAGUAGAGGAGCUGGUAGCUAGGAUGCCCUGGAGCUAUUUCUGUUCCGAUAGAUCUUUCUAUGGAAAAUUACUACUCAUAACAUUAACUUUUAUAUAAGUUCCACUACUUUCAGAACAUUUUACAAGUUCCAUUUAAAGCUUGAUUAUUCAAAUUGCUGGAUUUGCCCUCUAUUCACCCCCUCCCCCUUCUUUUUUCCCUUGGCUGCUUCCUCUGAAUGGUAACCUUCAGAGAUAAUUACCCGGCUGGUUUGGUGCUCAUAGAAACCAGAACCUUAUGCAGACAGUGCCUGUUUCAGCUGUUCAGACAUGUUCUUAUGGAAGAAGCUAAGAAAGGGCCAUAGCUGCCAAGUUAUCCCUUUUUUAAGGGAUUUUCCCUUAUGCUGAAUAGGCUUCCUCACGAGAAAAGGGAAAACUUGGCAGCUAUGGAAAGGGCAUGAGCCAGCUCUUGGCAACAGGAGACUAAUUGAUGUUGGGGAACAGCACCAAUGAUCUACCAUGGAGGGAUAUUGGUUCUGGCCAAAGAUUCAUUUUGCCCAGCAUCCUGUUCUCACAUUGGCCAGCCAGAUGCCCGUGGGGAUCCUGCAGGCAGGACCUUCAUGCAAGAGAACUUCCCUACCUGUGUUUCCCACAAAGAGGUAUGCAGAGGCAUGUUGCCUCCAACAGUGGAGGGAGAACCUUCACAAAUCUGUCUAUCCAAGUUGGUGGCCAACCCUCAAUCUUGGAGCAAAUUUCACAGUUUAGCUACACACUGUGUGAAUAAGUAGUUUCCUUUGUUCUGAAUCUUCUGACAUUCAGCUUUAUUGAAUGUCUCUGGGUUCUAGUAUAUGCGAGAGGGAGGAAUAACUUCUAUUUUCUCAACUCCAUACCUAAUUCUAUCUAGCACGUCCCCUGCUUACUUGACUUUUUUUCAAACUAAAAAGCCUCAGAUGUUGUAAGCUGUUCUCAUGUGGAAGUUGCUCCAAGCCACUUGGUCAUCCUGGUUGCCCUUUCCUUGGGGUGAUUAGGGGGUCUCGCCUGGUGCAAUGAAUAACAACACCCCUCUUGUUAAUCAUUGCACUUGCACGAGGAGCGUCUUAGUAAAUUGCACCCAAUGAUCUUUUGUAACAGGUUAGUAGCUGUGAGCAACUCUUGGAAGGCUCGGAUGGAUAAUGGAAACCAACACCUUUUUUCACUUUCAAUAGUCUCUUUGUGGAAGUGCCCUUCCAUCAUCAAAAUUGACUUUGAUCUAGGGGACUCUUUUGCCAGCUGCUGCCAGGCCUGUGUCAGUUAAACCAUUUGGCUGAUUCUGUAGAGUCAAAGCAGUAUGAUCCCGGUGGCCGAAUUCAAGCAGUUCACAGACCAGCAGCCUGCUUUCAAGGUUCUCAAGCCAUGGUGGGAUGUGUUGGCCGAGUACAUCACCAUAGCCAUGCUGAUGAUAGGAGUUUUUGGCUGCACUUUGCAAGUGACACAGGAUAAGAUUAUCUGCCUUCCCAACCAUGUGCCUGAUGGCACAACCUUCACUGGUGCAUCUUGUGAAGAUUUCACGAAAAAGAGAGUCAAUGCCUCUGAGCCAAUAGGACCCUCUGCCAACCAGCGAAUGAAUGGGUUGAAGAACAACCUAGACCUCCAACAGUACAGCUACAUCAAUCAGAUGUGCUAUGAGACGGCCCUCCAUUGGUACGCCAAAUACUUCCCAUACCUCGUAGUCAUCCACACCCUCAUCUUCAUGGCGUGCACCUCGUUCUGGUUCAAGUUUCCUGGGACUAGUUCCAAGAUCGAGCAUUUUAUCUCCAUCCUGAGCAAGUGCUUUGACUCGCCCUGGACUACUCGAGCCAUCUCUGAAGUCUCUGGGGAUAACCAGGAAAAUGCAGUCUUAGAGAAGGGGUAUCGGAGGAGGAAAAGCAGUGCUCCCAGCGAGACAGCUGAACUCAACCCCCUCGGGGGAUCAGUGUCAGAAAAGAAGGUUUCAGAGUCCUCUCCGGUUAGCCUAUUGGACAAAAAGGAAGGGGAGCAGGCCAAGGCUCUCUUUGAAAAGGUGAAGAAGUUCCGGCUCCACGUUGAAAAAGGAGACAUCCUUUACACCAUGUAUAUCCGCCAAACCGUUCUCAAAGUCUUCAAGUUUCUCGUCAUCAUUGCCUACAAUGCAGCCUUGGUUCCCAAUAUCAGCUUCAUUGUGCCUUGCACUGUCAGGAUGGAGGACAUGACGGGCUACGACAAUUUCUGCUGCAACCACACCAAAGCCCACCUCUUCUCCAAACUGGCCAUCUGCUACAUCUGCUUCCUUGGCAUAUACGGCAUGACGUGUCUCUACACGCUCUACUGGCUAUUUCACCGGCCGCUGAAAGAGUACUCCUUUCAAUUUGCACGCAACGAGACAGGCAUCAGCGACAUUCCUGAUGUCAAGAACGACUUUGCUUUCAUGCUCCACCUCAUUGACCAGUACGAUUCCCUCUACUCCAAGCGCUUUGCUGUGUUCCUUUCCGAGGUCAGCGAGUUCAGACUCAAGCAGAUCAACCUCAGUCAUGAGUGGACGGUAGAGAAACUGCGGCAGAAGCUGCAAACCAACGCCCAAGGCCGGCUGGAGCUCCAUCUCUUCAUGCUACCAGGGUUGCCUGACACCACCUUUGAGCUGAAUGAGCUGCAGUCCUUGAAGCUGGAGCUCCUCAAAGAUGUGACAUUCCCACCCUCAGUGACUCAGCUGGACCAACUCCAGGAGCUCACACUGAUCAACUCUCCCGUCAAGCUCUCUUUCACCUCUCUUAUGUUCUUCCGUGAACAGCUGAAGGUAAUGACUGUGAAGUUUGAUGACAUCAAAGAUAUACCACUAUGGACCUACAACUUGAGAGGCUUGGAAGAGUUGCACAUCUCGGGACUUUUCAGUCCAGAGAUGGGCCGGGCAGGAACUCUGGAGAACCUGCGUGAGCUGAGGAAUCUAAAGACCUUGACUCUGCACAGCAACAUCUCAAAACUGCCACCUAGCGUGUCUGACGUUGCUGCCCAUCUGCAGAAGCUCAGGAUCUACAAUGAUGGGACUAAGCUAGUGACCCUCAACAACCUCAAGAAGCUCUUCUCUGUGCAAGAAGUGGAGCUGAUAAACUGCAACCUAGAACGCAUUCCCCAUGCUGUCUUCAGCCUGGUGAACAUGCAACAGUUGGACCUCAAGGAUAACCAGCUGCAGUCCAUUGCGGAGAUCAUCAGCUUCCAGCAUUGCCGCAAGCUGGUGUGCCUCAAACUUUGGCACAACCACAUUUCCAGCAUUCCUGAACACUUCCGCAAGCUCAAGACCUUAGAGCAGCUUGACCUCAGCCAUAACCGCAUUGAGGUCCUCCCUUCCCAACUAUUCCAGUGUUCUAGGCUGCACACUUUGGACCUUUCCUAUAACAAUAUCCAGGUCAUCCCCCCCGGGAUGGGAGUCCUGCAGAGCCUCCAGCAUUUUGCCAUUUCUCACAACUCCUUAGAGGCACUGCCAAAUGAAAUCUUCUUCUGCAAGCAGCUCAGGGUUCUCAAAGUAGGACACAACAAACUGCAUCGCCUCUCUGACCGUGUGAGUUGGCUGCCUUCACUCUCCACACUAGACUUGAGAGGAAACCCGCUUCAGACCCUUCCCUUGGAGAUUGGCCAGUGCCCAGUGCUCAAACGGAGUGGCCUGCUGGUGGAGAGCAAUCUUUAUGAGGCGUUGCCUUUGGAAAUUAGGGACAAAAUGGAGGAUCAGUGAUGAGGAGAAUGAUAAAGGGGACAGGGGUGUUCUCUCAUGUGUUGGCCCCAUUGAGUCCAAACAUGGGGGAGCUGGCUGAAGUUCUAUCUUCGGCUGGAAUCAAGGAGGGAAUGGGAAAUUUCCAUCCUAAUAAGGGAGGAAAGGAAUUGAAAAGACACAACAAAGAGCAAAAGUAGAAAGUGACUUAAAAAAAAUAAACCUGUUUUCUGAAUGGAUAAGACCACAGGA